AUGGGCUCCCCUAUCAUUAUUCGCUUGAUUGUGACGACAUACUUCAUGAUCCUCAUGAUCAUUCACUGGAUUAUAGCGUGGAUUCUUCAGGUCAUUCUCAUGGCUGUGACGUACCCGUUUGUAAGCCGAGAGGUGCAGCAAGAUUGGUGCGGGUACAUCUUCCACGCCGCAAACUUCUUUAGCGCCGACUUCCUGAAUCCAUUUUGGAAGCACCACAUACUAAAACCGUUCCCCGAGGUAAAGGAUAAGAAACUCAUCGUGAUGAUGAACCACUUAAGUAAUGCGGAUCCGUUUCUACUGGUGAGGGUGCUGUUCCCACGUGACGCCUCGUGGGUUGCAAAGGACGAACUCUUCCGUGUCCCAUUUGGGGGAUGGUGCAUGGGUAACGCAGAUGAUUUGAAGGUUCACUUUAAGAAUAAGAAAGCGGGAUUUGACACAAUCAAGGGAACAGUCGGCGUCAUGAUGGAGGAGGCACGCAAGAAGCUGCGCCGUGGCCGUCCCAUCGCCAUCUUCCCUGAAGGCAUCCGAAACAAAAAUCCGGAGGGCGGCCUGCUACCGUUCCGUCUCGGUUUCUUCACACUUGCUGUGGAGGAGGGCGCCACAGUUGUCCCUGUGGCAAUCAGCGGUACACAGGACUGCUGGCCUCGCGGGUCGCCAUUGCUGGACAAGGCCGACACAUACUUCUCGUGUGGCGAACCCAUCGACGCGUCGAUGUUCAAGACAGCAGAAGAUCUGCGGGACUACGUUUGGCAAAGGCUGACGGAAAUCCGCGAGUCCCACCCGGACCGACAAGGGGCGAAGAAGCAGCAGUAG